AUGGUGAUCUACGAUCCAAUGCAGAAGCGUGGCUCGCCUGCCAGUGGACUUACUGCUAUUUCAAGCACCUUGUCCACUUCUGGUGUUGCAUCAAGUAGUAGUGGGACACCGAAUACAGCAAAUGAUAUUUUGAAAUCCACGCCACCUGCAUUGGUAGCGUUUAUAGCAAAUUUGCCAGCUGUCGAUGGUCCAUCACCGGAUAUUGACUUUGUACUAUCGAUAUGUCUGCAAAGCAACAUACCAACAGUGCAAAUAGGGAAAUCGGGGACUCCCUCAUCACAAUUGCAGACUGCCCCUGCUUUAAGUACAAGUGACCUUUCUGGAUCAAACAAGUUUAAAUCGACAAGGGACAGACAGCCUGGAAAAAGGAAAGAUCUAAACAGGCAAGAUGAUGAGAUUACGACAGUCCAGAGCCAACCACUUCCAAGAGAUGCUUUUAAGAUACGACAGUUGCGGAAAGUUCGUGGUACGGGUUCACAAACUGGAUCACAAUCUUAUGGUAGUGCUUUUUCGGGAGAGCUCUCUGGUAGCACUAGCUGA